GUCCAUUGGGCCACAGCUUGUGUUGAGAAUGACAUUAGGAGCAGAAAUAACCAGCCAGCUCAGGGCUUCUUCAUACAUAGCAUCAGGACAAAACCUUUUGAGAUGGGACCUGUCACCAGAGGAAAUUAGAACAAGAGCAGAAGAACUUAUCAGGAAGACAAAGCAUGUAUAUGAUACUGUUGGGAUGCUUGAGACUGAAGAAGUAACACUUGAAAAUACUGUACGGGCUUUGGCAGAUAUAGAAGUGGAAUAUGCAGUGGAAAGAAGCAUGUUGGAUUUUCCCCAGCACGUCUCCCCUGACAAAGAGAUACGCUUAGCAAGUACAGAAGCUGACAAAAAACUGUCAAAUUUUGAUGUGGAGAUGAGCAUGAGAGAAGAUGUGUUUCAGAAGAUUGUUUAUUUACAGCAAACCUGUGGUCUUGAAAAUGUAAAGCCUGAAACAAAGCGCUAUCUAGAGAAAUCUGUUCAAGUGGGGAGAAGAAAUGGACUCCAUCUUCCUAAAGAAGUGCAGAAAGAAAUAAAGACAAUGAAGAAGAAAUUGAAUGAGCUGUGUAUAGACUUUAACAAAAACUUGAAUGAGGAAAACACAUUUCUUGUAUUUUCUAAGGAGGAACUUGAUGGCCUUCCUGAUGACUUUAUUAACAGUCUAGAAAAGACUGAGAAAGACAAAUAUAAAGUUACCUUAAAGUAUCCCCACUAUUUUCCUGUUAUGAAGAAGUGCUGCAUUUCAGAAACCAGGAGAAAAAUGGAAUCUGCCUUUAACUCGAGAUGCAAAGAGGAGAACACAAAAAUUCUGCAGCAGUUGCUCCCACUAAGAGCAAAAGUAGCAGAGCUACUUGGUUAUAAUACACAUGCCAACUUUGUCCUGGAGGUAAACACUGCCAAGAGCACGGAUAACGUAACAAACUUCUUAGAUGAUUUGAGUAAAAAGCUAAAGCCUUUGGUUGAGGAAGAAAGAAAAUUCAUUCUAGAUCUGAAGAAGACAGAAUGUAAAGAAAGAAACUUUGAUUAUGAUGGAAGAAUCAAUGCAUGGGAUCUUCAUUACUAUAUGAGCAAAACUGAAGAGCUGAAGUACUCCAUAGAUCAAGAAAAACUGAAGGAAUACUUCCCAAUUGAGGCUGUUACAGAAGGCUUACUGAAUAUUUACCAGAAGCUGCUGGGACUUGAAUUUGAGCAAAUAGAAAGUGCUCAUGUUUGGCACGACAGUGUUACUCUCUAUACAGUGAAGGAUAAAUCAACAGGAGAAAUGCUAGGACAGUUCUAUUUAGAUCUUUACCCCAGAGAGGGAAAGUAUGGGCAUGCAGCCUGCUUUGGUCUACAGCCCGGCUGUCUGCUCUCUGAUGGCAGCAGAUUGAUGUCUGUAGCUGCUCUGGUAACCAACUUCACAAAGCCGGCAUCGGAUCAUCCAUCAUUGCUGCGGCAUGAUGAAGUAAAGACUUACUUCCAUGAAUUUGGUCACGUAAUGCAUCAGAUAUGUGCACAGACUGAUUUUGCAAGGUUUAGUGGAACUAAUGUGGAAACAGACUUUGUAGAGGUACCUUCACAAAUGUUUGAGAACUGGGUAUGGGAAAAAGAGCCACUACAGCAGAUGUCAAGACAUUAUAAAGAUGCAACCCAUGUUGGAGACACUCUUCUGGAGAAACUUGCUGCCUCUAGACUUGCUAAUACAGGUCUUCUAACCCUCCGUCAGAUUGUUUUGAGCAAAGUUGACCAGGCACUGCAUACAAAGCUGUCUGUUGACCCAGCAGAUGAAUAUGCUAAAUACUGUAUGGAGAUUCUAGGAAUUCCUGCCACCCCAGGAACAAACAUGCCAGCUACUUUUGGACAUUUGGCAGGUGGUUAUGAUGGUCAAUACUAUGGAUAUCUGUGGAGUGAAGUGUUUUCCAUGGAUAUCUUCUAUAGCUGCUUUAAGCAAGAAGGAAUAAUGAAUCCAAAGGCUGGGAUGAAAUACAGAAACCUCAUUUUGAAACCUGGAGGAUCUUUGGAUGGAAUGGAUAUGCUACAUAAUUUCUUGGAGCGUAAACCAAGCCAGAGAGCUUUCCUGUUGAGUAAGGGAUUACGUGUUCAGUAA